AUGCAGGGAGAGGAAGAGCCGUGUGUCCCGGAUCUCCGGGGUGCUGAGGAACAGGAGAGCCUGAAAGGUGCCCGCAAAGGUGGCAGGAUGGAUGAGCAGUGUUCCCAGCAGCAUGGGCCUGUGGGAGCAGAUCCAGAUGGGGCAUCACCUGAUGAGGAUGCUUCCAUGGGAGAAGAUCCACAUGGGAUGCUGCCUGGUGGGAAUGAGUCCAUAGAAGAGGACCCAGAUGGGGCAUUGUCCGAUGAGACUUUAUCCCAGGUUCCAGCCCUGCGGCAAACCUCUGAGCACUCUCCUGGCUCACAAACCCCUUCAGCCCUGGAAUCUCAGUGGGAAAAGCCCCCAUUGGCACCCACCCAGCCCAGCCCAACCCCCAAGAAACCCCCUUACCGCGAGGCACACCCCACCAUCUGCAGCGAGUGUGGGAAGAGCUUCACCCGGAGCUCCCUGCUGGCCCAGCACCAGCGGGUGCACACGGGGGAGCGCCCCUACCAGUGCACUGAAUGCGGGAAAAGCUUCAGCCGCAGCUCCACCCUCAUCCAGCACUGGAGGACCCACACGGGGGAGCGGCCCAAUACGUGCACCGAGUGCGGGAAGGGAUUCAGCCAGCGCUCCGACCUGGUGAAGCACCUGCGCACCCACACCGGGGAGCGCCCCUACCAGUGCCCCGACUGCGGUCAGAGCUUCAGCCGCAGCUCGGACCUCAUCAAGCACCAGCGCAUCCACACCGGGGAGCGGCCCUACAUCUGCCCCGACUGCGGGAAGGGCUUCAGCCGCAGCUCCGACCUCUUCCAGCACCAGCGCACCCAGCGUGGCGAGAAACCUUACAAGUGCACCGAGUGCGGGAAGAAGUUCAGCCGCAGCUCCAACCUCAUCCGCCACCAGCGCACCCACACGGGCGAGAGGCCCUACGUCUGCCCCGACUGCGGGCGCGGCUUCUCCCAGAACUCCCACUACACGGACCACCAGCGGAGCCACCGCCAUGAGAAACCCUACCACUGCACCCAGUGCGGCAAGGACUUUGGGCGCAGCUCCACCCUGGUCAAGCACUGGCGCACACACACCAGGGAGAUCCUGUGA